AUGUACCUCCGCCUCCGCCUCUCACUCGACCACGCGUGGACCUCCGAGAAGACGCAGAACAGCAGUCAGCUGCCCCACAAGCACCUCGUCAUCAAGAGGGCCUUGAAGGACGCUCGCCGCCAUCGCGCGGAGGACGGCAAGAAGAUUGAUUACCUUGUGUCAGGGUUCAAGACCCUGAAAAAGAAACACAACCACGUUCUUCGCGAGAACGUCGCCAGUGUUGUGUGGACAGGCGCGUCUCAGCUCCAAAAUGAGGUCAAGAAGAAAGCGAAGAUUGUGGUCGACAGUGCCUACAGCCUGGGAAGCCUCUCGACGCAGCGCAGAGUCGCAGCCGCAACAUUCCUCCUCAAGUCGAACACACAGGGCAAAUUCUCAGUGCCGAAUUUUAUCUUCGGCGAAAUCGACAUCGCCUGGCAGUCGGACGAACCUUACGAGGUCGACAUGAAGGCGAGCGUCGUGAACCGCAAGAAACCGUUCCAGCACAAGGUGUUGUCUGACGUCAUUGUGCAGCACUGGUUCCAUGGACACAGGGACACUGCGUCAGUCGCAGUGUACGAUCGGUUCAGUGAGGUUCCGAACAACCUCAUAGCCCUCGUGUGCAAUGCGAUCGAGGCGGCGUUGGUGGACAUAGCCACAGGGACUCACCACUUCUCUAACAAGCUAUAUGCGGCCAAGUGGAUCAACAUCAUGGGCAUCCUGGAUCAGUUCGAAAGCAACGCAUCGGAGGCGUACCAAGCUCUGAAGGAGAUGAUGUGGACCAAUGUCAGCGCACUCAUCGAUGAGCAGCAAGUCUUGAGAUCGAAGGAUAAGCAAGACGUCGCUGACGAUGGUAGCCCUGGCGAGCAGUUCAUCGCGUGGAGCGAUGUAGAGGUUGGCAACACUAAGGCCACCGGAACGAAGGCUGCAAAGCCAUCGUCAAAGCUGUCGUCUUCGAAACCGACAUCGUCGAAGCCGUUGUCUUCGAAGCCGACAUCGUCGAAGCUGUCGUCAUCGAAGCCAACAUCGUCGAAGCCACCGUCGUCAAAGACGACGACGUCGAAGGCGCCUGAGGUCGAGCCUCAGGUCAAUGAAGAAGAAGCUGGGCGUGAGGCUUCCCACGUACUCUCCGACGCCUGA